AUGACUGUUCGUUGGAGUGGGCAUUCUGGGGCCAGCUCUUACAAAGUCACCGCCACACCGAAAAAUUCUCCCGACACGCCAGUUUUCGCACAGUUUAGUGGCAAUACCGUGAUGGGCUCAGUAAAUUCACUCAUGCCAAACACCGUGUACACUAUGCGCGUGGACGCCAUGGACUCCGUUAACGUUCUGAGCAGCGCAGUGACAGAGGAGAUCACAGCUCCCGAGGUGCCAACAAUCGACAAGGCCUACUCCAAACAGAGCGGCAGCAUCACGGUGGAGUUUGGAGAGGUCUCUGGAGCCACCUCUUACAUCCUACGGGCUCAGACCUUGGACGGGGGGUUUUUCUCUGAAACUGAAGUCAACAGCUCCAACCGCACUGUGAUCAACCUGCAGCCUUACACCACUUACUCCCUAAACGUCAUGUCUGUCAACACUGGAGGGAGAAGCCAGCCAUCUAUGCCAGUUGUGACCAGAACAGUAAUUGAAAGUCCCGACAUGAACACCACCUCUCCCAGCGACGACACCAUCCAGGUGAGCUGGGAGCCAGUGGAGCAUGCUGUACUCUAUAGCCUGUGCAUCAUCAAGGAGGGCGCGGACACAAGGGUCAAGCUCAACACCACAGACACCGCCCACACCUUCUCCAACCUGGAGCCUGGCACCACCUACUGCAUCAAGGGCACUGCCUGGGAUUCAGAUGGCAACAUGGGAGAAGACCGCACAGUCUGCCAGAUCACAAGGCCCAAGAGUCCGCUGGAGGUGGCGGUGACGCUGACCCCGGGACGGACGAUGGGCAUGGCCGUGUCCUGGUCAGAUGUGCGUGGAGCCGAUGCCUACCUGGCCAGCACCUCCACCUAUCAGAACUGCAGCUCCAACGUGGAGAACUACUGCCUGAUCACGUCGCUGUACUGCGGUCAGAACCUCACGGUCACGGUGACUGCGGAGAACGACGCCGGGCCCAGCACCCCAUCCACGCCUGAGGAGUUCAUCACCUUCCCGUGUCCCCCCGAGUUUGUGUGGGUGGAGGAGGCGGAGGCCGGCAUGUGCUCCGUCAUGUGGAGCGAGGUGGACUUCGCCGAGUUCUACAUCGCCUACGUGAAGCGCGACGACGGCUCGGAGGAGCGCUGCAACACCACGGACACGGUGUGCCACUUCCGCUGCCUCUGCGGCUUCACCUUCUUCCCCACCGUCUUCGCCUACAACCACGUGGGCCCCAGCCUGCCCGGCCCCGUGCUCAACUACACCACAAUUCCUUGCUGCCCAGAGGAUGUGACUGUGUCGCUCGUUUCCACGGAGACACUGGACAUCACAUGGUCGGCAGUGCGCGGGGCGGAGCUUUACGAGACCAUUGCGGCUGACCAGCGCGACGUGAUCCACUGCAACGACACGGCGCCGAUGUGUGCCCUCUCCGACCUGAGCUGCAACAGCCGCUACAGCGUGGUGGUCAGACCCUGCAGCGAGAUCAGGGGCUGCAACAACACAUGCAGAGCUCAUACGCAAGAGACAGCCCCCUGUGCUCCAGAGAUCCUCAACAUCACCCAGACGUCUGGGUCGGGCGUGGUGGUCCAGUGGCGCGCGGCCAACGCCGAGGCCAACUACACGGUGAGCGCGGUGGGCCGCACCGACUCGCACAGCUGCCAGUCGACGGGCACGGCCUGCGAGAUCACCGGCCUGCCCUGCGGCGCCACCUACGAGCUCAGCGCCUACGCCAGAACCACGGCCGGACGCAGUCUGCCCAGCUACACACAGACCCUGGAGACAGAGCCCUGUUGUCCUGAGAGUCUGACCGUGGAGCAGGUGACCCAGGCGAUGACCCAGGUGUCGUGGUCAGCAGCGACAGGAGCUCGCUCCUACAUCACCUCUCUCACCUCGCCCAAAGGACAGGCCAAGUGCCACACCAUGGACACGCACUGCACCAUGGGAUGCAUCACCUGCGGCACCAACUACACCGUCACCCUGGAGGCCAUCAGCAGGACCGGGCACAAGAGCGAGUGCAGCUACCACGGCUUCUCCUCCAGUGCGUGUUGCCCCUCGAGUGUGAAGCUGUACCGUAUGGCCAACAACACGCUGCGGGUUUACUGGCGCUCGUCCGGCAGCCUGCACAACCACCUGGCCGACCUGUACGGCACCAGCUCCAACUACACCUGCACCCCGCCCAUGGGCUCCAACUACUGCGACGUGUCGGAGAUCGUCUGCGGGGAGGUGUACACGGUGGUGGUAGCACCUCUGGCCCAGGACGGCACCAAGAUCACCUUCUGUCCCAGGAGGAUGUACUCAGUGUCAUGCUCUGGAAAUACUCUGGGAAUGGUGAUCUAUCGUGGGAAGAGGAGUGUUGAUUAA